AAGGGGAGUCUCGCAUUUCACUUUCUGAAACUUUUUUUCAAAGUUAAAAAAUCACACACAAAAAACUUAAAAUAUUAUUUCCAACUUAUUUUGUAAUUUACAUAAAUUUUAAUUGUAUAAAAUUAAUUCAUUUAUACCUCAAAAUAGUAGUAAAAUAUUUUGCAAAAAUAAUAUAAAUUGCAAAUAAAAAUCUGCAUGGGCGAGAAGUUAUCAUCAAGAACGACAAGAAAUUGAACAAAUAAUCGCAAAAUGUCAACUUCCCUUGGGAUUGUGGAGAAUUUGCUAAAUGAAUUCUAUCAUCCUGCAACACAUAACCAACGCAAACGUGAAAUCGAAGACCAACUAAGUUCGUUUAAGAAUCAGCCCAGUUCAUGGCAACAAUGCCUUUGUGUUCUAUCCUCCAACUGCUGUUCAACAAAUGAAUUCCUCUGGCUGUUUACCACAUCUACCCUUGAGCACACAAUAACGCGACGAUGGGCCCAAUUGUCGCCCCAAGAACACAGCCACCUGCGUGAGAAUCUCUGGGCUAGAUAUGCCAAUUUGCCAUAUGAUGUUUCGCGUCGACAACGAGACACAAUCGCACAAUUGAUAGCACUCGUUGGGAAACGAGAGUUCCCUGACGAGCAUCCGGAAUAUAUAAAGCAUUGUAUAGAGCUGACCAAAAUGUAUUUCCAAUUGGGAGUGGUUCUAUUGAGAACUACAUCGGAGGAGGUGGUCAGCAAUAGGAAUGAUGUUUCUUCAGAUAGAAAGCAGUAUUUUCAAUCAUGCAUUACACAAUGUAUGCCAGAAAUUGUUGAAGUUUUAGGGACAUAUUUGGUUAUAUCAACGUGUCAUCUUAAUGGAACCGCAUUGAGUGCGAUACCAAGUAAUAUAGCUGAUUAUAGGCUCUACACAUCACUGCCAAAUGACAAUUCGUUAAGCUCAUCGAUUCUCGAGCUUCUCCAAUGCGUUCAACACAUUUUCUCAUGGAUACCCGUAGAUAGUUUACUUACCGAAUAUUUUAUUUUGGCUCUAUUCGAUUUGGCUAAAUGGCGCAAAGAACAACCCGAAAUAUCUGUAGCCGCUCUAACAACAGUCAAUGAAUUAUUUUACUUACAAAAAGCCAUACCAUUUCCCAAUACAAUUAUGACUGCAAUUAAUGGACUGUUAGAUAAGACCAAUUAUACUAAAUCCAGUGAAAUGUACGAAGACAAAUUCACGGAACUCCUACGACUGAGUGCAACGAAAUUCUGCUCAAAGCUCUUAAAUGAUCAACCUGUUUUAGAUACAUUUGUAUCUGGCCUACAAGCAUAUACAUUUAAUAGUGAAUCAACGAUGCCAUUAUCAGAUAGACUGGAAACAUGGAAGCCAUUAUUAAGGGUAUUUGCAUCAUCUGGUAAAAGUGAACGUUACAUAGAGUCAUGCAUUAUUUUUGUUGGACAUAUUUUGCGAGUAAUGCGCGUUGAAGUAGUCAAUCCAAUAUAUGAAGAUGAAACUCUUGAUGAAAAUAUGCAAACAAAAUGGCAACAUUACAUCGCACCUUGCAUUGAAGUUAUCGCUCUCGUGGCAGAAAUGCGACCAAAUCAAACAUUCAAUCAAGUCUAUCGAUUGUUUACGAGGCCAUUUUUGGUGAUCAUCAUGUCGAUAGAGAAGGCAAUUGACAACAAGACCUUCGAUCCAAAGAAUGAAAAUGAAUGUUGCCGCAUUCGGUAUAGUUUGAGAGAGAUCUCAAUGCUUUGUCAGGCAUUGGUUCGGAUUGCACCAUCACUAGACUUGGGCGCAUCCGAGGAUAUCCCACUUAAUCUAUGCACUCUUGUAAAGACUCUUAUUAGCGCUGUCAAUUUUUUUAGCAGUAAAAAAUUUCAAAGUCUGCAUGCAGAAAACUCACUUCUGGUGGCAAGUUUUGUUGAUUUAUAUGCUCAGUCUUUGUUGGCCCUACGAAGUCUUUUAGCCAUAUCACCUGCAGUGAUAAAUGAUGAUCAAUUGCGAGGCUUGAUCCACACAGUUGCACAAAUUUUGCUACCAAGUGCGUUCAAUGAAUCUGCUCUCGUACAAAUGGCAGCAGCUCAACUACUUUUGAACAUAGCUUCUGUGAUAAGACCAAAACAAAUGCUUGAAGUCGAUUUGGUUGUUCAAUUAGUCCGAGCAGGUACCACAUUGCCUCAUUUGCCAAAAAAUGUGCUGCCCGUGGUAUAUGAAGCCCUUAUAAGUUCCUUAGUUUUUCCCUGGAAGAAUAUUAGCCAACAAGAACAAGACUUUGGACGUAGAUGUAUUGUCUUGCAAGAUUAUGUUGGAUGUUUGUGUCAGGAAUUUUUAGCUAUUGAUCCAGCUGUACUAGCCAAUGGACAAGAUGUUAAAGUCAGUGCAAUAACUGCAGGUAUUCUGCCAAUUAUUACCGAAAUUAUCAAUUAUUUCAAUGACACAAGUAGUACGGUUAAGGAAAUGCUUUUGAAUGCAUUCAAGCCAACAGUACAUAAGGCAAUGAAUAUAUUCAAUGCAGUUGGUUUCGAUAGCAAUGAAAUUGCUACAACAGUUUCUGACUUUGCUUUGAGUGUGUUGCGAACGUUACAAAAUCAAUUAGGAAUGGCAUUCGUUAGAGAGAUGAUUACACUUUUUAUAAAUUCCAGCACGAGAGGAGAAAUGACUGUAAGAAGAUUAAAAUCUAUGGAAAAAAUAUUGCAAAUGUUUCAAUUAAUUGUACAACAACCGGGUAGUGAAACAAUGUCACUUAUUCCAUCGAUAUUAAAUUUAACAUUAGACCAUAUACUACCGUUAUUGAGUUAUGAUAAUAAUUUGUUGGAUUAUUCAGAUGUGGCGCAUUUGAUGUACACGCUAUUUGACAGCAUCCUUAAUUACCGCUGGCAAUAUUUCUACAAAGCAAAUGUUCAAUCUAUAAUUUUAAAUGGAUCAUCAAAUACAAACAACAGCAACGAUCAUGUACAACAUCCUGAACAAUUUUUAGCCAUCUUCAAUUCCUAUGGCCAAGCACUAGUCAUCGGUAAUGAUCCGAACAUUACUCGCACAGUUUUGGAUUCGUUGCAGAAUCUCAACGAACGAUGGAAGCUCUUCCAUCGGGCAUUAUUCAAAACGAAUUUACUCACAUCAUUCCAAUGUGCGUUAAUAAACGCAUUGCUCUCAGCUGAAGGCGCCCUCCAUUAUGAUCUUAUUAGUGGUGUUCUAUUUGCAAUGGGACAGGUUGAUAAAUUAAAAUUGCAUGAGAGUUUCAUGUCAAUUGGAUUUACAGCGACGAAUUCAAAAGUCAUCGAAGAAAUUUGUUUAGCAACGGACAUUCCAACGUUCUCCCAAAAAAUGUCUCAGCUUAUACAAGAUACACGUUGCACAAGACUUUCGCAAUAACAUUAAAAGGUUGCCCCUGAAAUCACAUUUAAUGCAAUCAUUCAUCAAAUGAUUUGUUUUUUUUUUUUUAUUAUUGUAUUUUAAGAAUUUCAUGUUUUGAGUUCGUUUUUUUUUUUUUUAUUUUUAUAUAAUUUGAGAAUACUCAAGAUCUCAGCAUUUUAUCAUGUAGUUAUUUUGUGUUUUUAAUUUAACGUUAAAAUAUUCAUGUUUGAAAAUUGAAGUUUCAAAAUACAUACAAAAAAGAAAAAUUAACUGAAAGUAUCUUAACUAAAUUUUCGGCCUUAAUUAGCAAAAUUUUUGAAUAAAAUUCUAAAAAUUAUACAAACACAUAAAAUAUGUCUACUAAAUUGGCGAGGAGAAAAAACAAAAAAAGAUGAAAAUCAUUUAUUUUCUAAAUUUAUUUUUAUUAUUUAAUUAUCCGUUACUUCCAAUUCGUGUUACACAAAGAACAAAAAAGUAAGAGUAGAGAUUAUUUUAUAAAAACUGUGUACUUUAUUGCGCAUUUGGAUAUUAGUUUUAGAAUUGAUAAGAAAAAUAAUGUGAAUGUAACAUGUUACUUCCUAAGAAAAUAUUUAAUUAAAAAUACAAAAAACUGGAAGUAUUUUAUAAUUUAGAGAUUUAAAAAAUAUUAUUUUAUUUUAUAUUUUUUUCUAUAUUUGCUUUGUUUUAAUUUUUUUUUUCUUUUAAUUUAAUAUUUUUCGUUUAAUUUUUCCUAAACAAAAAACAAAGCACUAAAAAGACGUAAGAUUCUAUUUAGUUGUUUGUAGUUAUUUAAGUUAUAUCGAAAGAAAAACUAAAAUUAAAAAAAAAAACAAACAAAAACAUAUAUCGUCAUUUGUGUCAUUUUUUAUAUUUAUAUAUAUUAGGUAUACAUAAAAUAUAUUGAUAAUAAUAAUUAUAAAGUAUUUUGAGUAAGAAAUUUUAGUCAUGUGUGUAUAAAAAUGAGCAUUUUAAAAUAUAUUCGUAUUCGUAUACGUAAUUAAUAAAUA